CAUGGGCUCGGAGAGCCCGAAGUCGCCGAUUGCCGAUUAACCAGUCGACCAUGCAACCUGUAUAUUCACCGUUCAUAUAAGUUCUACUGUAGUAACCCCACUCCAGGUCUCUUCCCUCGGGGCUAUGCAUUCAGCGAGCCACAGCCUCGACUCACGCUUCCGCACAUGAGAUUCCUUCUCUCCCACCCCCUCCUCAAACGGAAACCAAAUAUUUUCUGCAACACCCAGCGGACGUCUAUCUGGAGAACAGCGGAGUAAACUACCGUCGGUCCGUGCUCCGUGCGUUUUUGAACGGCAUCAAGAAAGGUACACACGGCAAACGUGGGACACGAUGUGGCUCCGAGCGGGCGCCCGCGGUCUGGCGUACGGCGCCAGGGGCCUGGACCGGGUCCUCGAGCAGCAGCUGGGCAAGUCCAGCCGGCGUCCAUCGGCGUACCGCAGCGAGCUGUCCCAGGCACGGCGCGUGGUCGUCAAGCUGGGCACGGCGGUGCUGACGCGGGAGGACGAAUGCGGCCUGGCACUGGGCCGCCUGGCCUCCAUCGUGGAGCAGCUGUCCCAGCUGCAGAACGAGGGCAAGGAGAUGCUGAUUGUGACCAGUGGCGCGGUGGCGUUUGGCAAGCAGCGGCUCAACAAGGAGAUGCGUAUGUCCAUGUCCAUGCGCGAAACAUUGGCGCUGAAAGAGAGCUCGCGGCCUGCCGCCGAGGACGCCCGGAACCCGCACAAGAGGGCUUCGGCUGCAGUGGGACAGAGCGGCUUGAUGGCGCUCUACGACGCCAUGUUCAACCAGUACGGCGUCAAUAUCGCCCAGGUGCUUGUCACCAGGCCGGAUUUUUACAAUCCGGACAGCCGGCACUGGCUUCGACAGACGCUGCUGGAGCUGAUCAGCCUCAACAUCAUUCCGAUCAUCAAUACCAACGACGCCGUUUCGUCACCCUUCCUGGAUGACCAAAAACUGAGCUCAGAGGUGGGAAUCAUGGACAACGACAGCCUCGCAGCUCACCUGGCUGUCGAAGCGGACGCGGACCUUUUGCUCAUGAUGUCCAACGUAGAUGGCAUCUACACUCGUCCCCCUGGUCAGGACGGCGCCAAGCUGCUUCACACGUACAAUCCGUCCUUCAACGGCAGCAUACAGUUCGGUUCCAAGUCUAAAGUGGGCCUGGGAGGCAUGGAGUCUAAGAUCAAGGCCGCCUGCUGGGCCCUCGAACGAGGCGUCUCUGUGGUCAUCGGGAGCGGCUUUGAAGACAUGGCCAUCACGCGCAUCGUUCAGGGCAAACGCGUGGGCACAUUCUUCACAAACCAUCACAGCAAGAUGCUAUCUCUGGAAUCAAUGGCGGCCAAUGCGCGUCAGGGCAGCCGCCUGCUCGAGGCGUUAUCCGCGUCUGACCGCGCAGCAAUUAUAACAUGCUUGGCUGACCUGCUGGAAUCGCGGACGAAAGUCAUAAUGGAAGCCAACCUGCGUGACCUGCAAGCGGCCCGCGAAGAAAACCUGAGUGACGCCUUGCUGGCACGUCUGGAGCUGUCACCAGCCAAGCUGUCAGCACUGGCCGACGGCCUCCGCACCAUCGCGCGGACGUCGCACGAUGUGCUUGGUCGCGUCGUACGACGUACGCGUAUAGCCGAAGGUAUGGAUCUGACCCAAGUAACGGUUCCCAUCGGCGUGCUUCUGGUCAUCUUCGAGUCUCGUCCCGACUGCUUACCUCAGGUAGCGGCGCUCGCCAUGGCUACAGGCAAUGGGUUGCUGCUGAAAGGAGGUCGCGAAGCGUCGCACAGCAACCGCUGUCUCUUUCAACUAGCACAGGAGGCUCUCGCACCAUAUGGGGCCUCUGACGCCAUCACUUUAGUGAGCACGCGCGAGGAUGUCGAAGAGUUGCUCCAGCUUGAGGGAAAUAUUGACCUCGUCAUUCCCCGAGGCUCUGCCGAGCUGGUGCGCACCAUCCAAGAGAAAAGCCGCGGCAUCCCUGUGCUGGGUCACAGCGACGGCGUAUGCCAUGUGUACGUGGACCGUGACGCAGACCCGGAGAAGGCGAAACGCAUCGUGGUCGACUCCAAGUGCGACUACCCCGCCGCUUGCAACGCCAUGGAGACGCUUUUGAUACACCGGGACCUCGUGGACAGCGGCCUGCUUACGGAGCUCUGCACCAUGCUCAAAGCCCAGGGCGUCCGCCUUCACUCGGGUUCUCGACUUGCGCAGCUGCUCACGUUCGGGCCACCCGCGGCUCGCUCGAUGAGGAUCGAGUACAGCGAUCUGGAGUGCGCCGUCGAGGUGGUCAGCUCCGUACAGGAGGCACUGGAUCACGUCAACACCUACGGAAGUGCUCACACCGAUGCCAUUGUCACUGAAAACCACGAAACAGCUGAGAGGUUCCUCCAAGGCGCCGACAGUGCAUGUGUGUUCCACAACUGCAGCACGCGCUUUGCGGACGGGUACCGCUUUGGACUCGGCGCCGAGGUCGGCAUCAGUACCGGUCGCAUCCACGCCCGUGGUCCAGUGGGCCUGGAUGGCCUCCUGACCACCAAGUGGAUGCUCAGGGCUAACGGCAAUGUGGUGCAAGACUUUAACAAAAAUGGCUCUAUGACGUACCUCCACGAGCACAUCCCAGUCUCAUGACCACCUUCAAUAUUCGCUGUAAAUAGCCAAUGCUUAUGACAAUAAAUUGCUGGACGAGAAAA